AUGACUACUUCUCCGUCAGACACAAACGUAAUAGCGGAAACAAACCGCUACGUGGACUCAGCUUUGCCGAUAUUCCAGCAUAAUCGAGGGCAUCUCCCGAUCGAGUUCUUUGGACAUCCAUUCAUAAUAGAAUCCUCAGAAACGAAACAUUGCCUUCAUGGAUCUGCCAAGGAUAGCAGAGGUGGAAAAAAUGCUGAUAGCUGCGAUGGAGAGCACGACUAUGGGAUGUCGUACCGAAGGUUUCAGGGCACUCGAAAACUCGAUUGUCCUGCAACAAUUCAGAUUCGAGGAAUUCGGGUUUUUGACAGUUAUUCACUGGACAAAACAUCUUGCACCACUCCCUACAGUCUGAAAACCACCAAACAGAAAAUGCUGGACCGGCUGAUAGAAGACUUGGAAACUCAAACCCCUCCGUCAUCCACGUUGAGGUACUUCAUCAGAGUUCCCUUGUUCUCACAGCACAAGGGUCAUCCAGUGGGAGCAGCAGCUACUGUUAACCAACUCGUAGACAAUAAGGUUGUAGCCAAGAUCUACGAGCUGGUUGGAAAGGGCAUAACUAGAGCAGACGAAGUCAAGCGUUGCCUUGACGAGUUUGUUGAAAGAGAGCUCUUUCCGACCUCAGCUGUUCGCCCUAAGAGGACGAAUCGUGCCUACUAUCCUAAUAGAAAGGAUUUACAAAACCACAUUGGCAGGGCUAUUUCUGCCUCUCGUUACUCUCACGAUGACCAAGAGUCCCUAAAGAAGAAAGUAGAAGAGUGGCAAGCAAGUGGAUCCACUGCCAAUUUCUUCUACAGGACCAAGUCAGCCGUUACGGAAGGAGAGUCGGGUAAAGAUGGGGGCAACGACGGAAGCGGAAAAGACAACUUUCUUUUCGUACACCAAGAAGAGUGGCAGCAAAGACUGCUGUGCCGGUAUGGCUCUGAGUUGGUAUUAAUGGACGCCACAUACAAAACGACCAAAUAUUCUCUGCCUCUCUUUUUUGUGUGCGUUCAUACAAAUGUCGGCUACAGAGUCGUGGCAGAAUUCAUCUCUGAACAUGAAGAUUCACAUUCAAUUGCGGAGGCACUGGAAAUCCUGAAAAGGUGGAACCCUUGGUGGAAGCCUCUCUAUUUUAUGGUAGAUUAUUCUACCGCUGAGAUCAAUGCAAUUGAAAGAGAGUUUCCCGGUGCAAUGGUCUAUAUUUGCGACUUCCAUCGCCUUCAAGCUUGGAAGCGGUGGAUACCAAAGAACGGCCUGAAUGCACUGGAACAGGCAGCCCUUUUGUCAUUACUUAAAAGAGUUGCUGAUGCCCGCCAACGCCACCAACAUGACACUGCCGUCAGCGAUUUACGCAGGUCCCCUGUCUACACCUCCAGUGAAGCAACCAGAACCUAUGUGGAGAAGGUCUGGAUGUCUUGCGUAGAACGCUGGGCGCAAGCAUUCCGAAAACAACAGGUUCUCAACAUUGUAAACACCAAUAAUGGAGUAGAAGCUCAAAACAAACUUUUUAAGUACAGCUACCUACCAAAAUCUGUAGACAAGUCUGCAUAUGGCAUUGUAGUUUUGCUUGUGGAGAGCUUCUUGCCAGACUCGUAUAAAAAUUAUUGUGAUAUGAAUCUAAAACAGAGUAGCCAAUACCGACGCAUCACCAACUUGCCAGGCUACCUUCAUAAUCGCCCCAGGCACUUUGUGAAAAACUGCCUAAAGAGUCGGGUUGCUGCUGGGGAAUUCGAAGUGCAAGACAUCCAGUGCGUCGAUAUUUCUAAGGGGGAAUUUAGAGUAAAAGCCUCCAAUGACGCAGGGCGCUUAUACAGUGUUACCUUCCAGGCUCCCUCCUGUACAUGUGAGGCCUGGUAUAAAACGUACUUUCCCUGUAAGCACAUGUAUGCUGUGUUUAAAGUGUUUGACGAGUGGAGCUUUGCACGCCUACCCGAGAAGUACAGGAACAGUGUGUUCAUCACUCUAGACGACUAUGCCUUCGGAAUAGCAGCCAGCAGUGAUGACAACUACGACAGUGUAACCAUUGACCAGCCUGUUAGCACUGUUAGCUGUACCGAAAUGACAGAGAAUGCAGAGUGCAGGAACAGUGUGUUCGUCAUUCUAGACGACAAUGGCUUCGGAAUAGCAGCCAGCAGUGGUGACAACUACGACAGUGUAACCAUUGACCAGCCUGUUAGCACUGUUAGCUGUACCAAAAUGACAGAGAAUGCUGCCGGGCCUAGUACCUUGACAAGAUCGUCUACGAGCCUACGCAACCAGUUUCUUCAGAAGCUCAAUCUAGUGCGGGAUAUCGUUUAUCGCGUAGAUGAUGAGGCGUGCUUGCAGGACGCAAUAGUCAAGAUGGGCGAACUUCAACGAAAUCUUUGGGCAAACAGCUCUACCGACAAUGGCCUUCCCUUGCGCCUUAGCCCCGUGAAGAAGCGACGACGAGAUUAAAUUAGCUAAGGCUAAGCAGAGCAUAUAAAUCACUAUUAUAUAUAUAUAUAUGUUGAUUUAUAUGCUUUGGGCUAAGUAUAGACCUUGUGCAGUGGCGUCAUAAGACGUCAUCACGUUUAAGACUGUGAAAUGACUAGUGCUGCCACGUAGCGGCACCCUCCCUCUACGCCUUGUGCAGUGACGUCAUGAGACCUCAUCACGUGAC